AUGGCGGCUUUUCUCCUGCUUGAAGAUGCCUCUCUUGACAAAGAAUGCAGCAUUUGGAAGUAUGGUGAUAAUUGUGACAAAGCUUGCUCUUGUAACCAGCUGAACACUGAAACAUGUGAUUCCGUAACUGGGAAAUGUGCCUGUAAACCGGGGUGGACAGGCGUAACUUGUGGUGAGGACAUAGACGAAUGUUCCAAUGUUAGCGUAUGUCCAAACAACUCCGUUUGUAGUAACAUAAACGGAAGUUACAAUUGCAAAUGUCUAAAGGGCUACUUUAAAACUGGCAGCAGGGAAUGUGAAGAAUGCGAUUUUCGUAAUUUUGGUGAUAACUGUCUCGGUGAUUGCUUAUGUAAUUUUGAGAAUACAAAAGAUUGUAAUCAUACGACUGGUGAAUGUAUGUGCAAUCAGGGGUGGACCGGAGACGAAUGCAUGGUCGAUAUAAAUGAAUGCGCAGACUCUACCAGUAUCUGUGAAGUAAAACCGUACUCAAUGUGUGUGAACACCAAUGGUUCCUUUACUUGCGACUGUGUUGUCGGUUUUUUAGACAAAAACAACACAUGUGAAGAUAUCAAUGAAUGCUUAGACGAAAACGUAAACAACUGUCAUCAAAUUUGUGCCAACAUCCCUGGUAGUUUCAUGUGCUCGUGUUCAACAGGCUUUAGCAUGGAAAAUGAAACAUGCCUAGACAUUGACGAAUGUACAGAGAACAUAUCCGGUUGUGAACAGAAUUGUAGUAACACUGUAGGCAGCUAUAUUUGUUCAUGCGACACAGGAUUUAAUCUGUCCGUGGACGGAAUAUCUUGUGAACCCUGUGACAUGUGGUCAUUUGGUCUUAGCUGUGCAUCAAACUGUACUUGUUUGCCCGAAAACACUGACAAAUGUGAUGCGACGUCAGGCCUUUGUUUAUGUAAAACUGGCUGGAAUGGAACAAAAUGUGAAAGUGAUAUUAAUGAAUGUGAGAAUGAAACUGUGUGUCCUGAUAACUCAAUUUGUAACAAUCUCGACGGAAGUUUUGAUUGCAUCUGCAAAGACGGCUUCAAUGAAACGGAUUUAGGAGAGUGCAAAGAUAUCGAUGAAUGCUCCACAAGUAUACACAGAUGCAAUCAAAACUGUACAAAUACGCAGGGAAGCUACGCAUGUGGUUGUCUACGUGGAUUCUUCCUUAAAGAUGACAAUAUAACGUGUGAAGUAUGUGAGUCAUGGUCGUUUGGUAUCAACUGCGAAUCGAAAUGCACAUGUAACGUAUCAAACAGUGUCAGUUGUGACGCAAAGACAGGACAGUGUGUAUGCAACAGUGGAUGGAGUGGUGUAUCGUGUAGUGAUGAUAUAAAUGAAUGUUUGAAUGAAACCUCCUGUCCUUCCAACGCGUAUUGUACAAACUACAACGGGACUUACGAAUGUACUUGCUACUCAGGUUAUUAUGAAUCGACAGAUCGACAAUGUCAAGUUUGUAACAACGACAGCUUUGGAACGAACUGUAGUGAAUCCUGCACUUGUAAAGCCGAGAAUACUGAAUCAUGUCACCAUGUGAACGGCAGAUGUUCCUGCAAACUUGGUUGGGAAGAUGAAAACUGUACUAGUGACAAAGAUGAAUGCGAAAAUGAUGAAACGUGUCUGGAUAAACCAGAUUCAACUUGCAAUAACACGAUUGGCUCUUUCACAUGUGUUUGCAAUAAUGGAUACCGUGAACAAGAUGAUGUAUCGUGUCAAGACAUUGACGAAUGCAACGAGAAUAUUGACGCUUGCUCACAAAAUUGUACAAAUACAGUUGGAAGCUUUGAUUGUAGCUGCGAAGUUGGUUACUUCCUAGAAGACGAUAAUAUGACAUGCCAAGAAUGCGUAAAAUGGACAUUUGGUGAAAAUUGUCAGUCUGACUGCAGUUGCAACAAGACAAACACAGGAAAUUGCGAUUUCAAAACAGGGAAGUGUUCUUGCAUAAUGGGCUGGAAUGGAACCAACUGUGAAGAUGAUAUCAAUGAAUGCGAAAAUGAAACAGCCUGUCCCGAAAAUUCUAUGUGUUACAACUCCAUUGGAAGCUAUGAAUGUAUUUGCAAUAGUGGCUACAGACUUUCGAAUACUGGGAACUGUGAUGUAUGUACGGAUGGAACUUUCGGGUAUAAUUGUAGUGAAGAUUGUGAAUGCAGUCAACAAAAUACGCAGUCUUGCAAUCACGUGACUGGCAACUGUACCUGCAAGAAGGGUUGGAUGGGCGUCUUUUGUUCCGAAGAUAUAGACGAAUGUGAAGAAAACGUAACUUUGUGUCAGAGCAAGGUGAAUUCAACCUGUGAGAACACAAAUGGGUCGUACAAUUGUCGUUGCAACUAUGGAUUACGUGAUCAAGGGAAUAUGUGUACGGAUUGUGAUAUAUGGGAAUAUGGAGAGGAUUGUCAAUUUAAUUGUACAUGCAACAUUUCAAAUUCUGAGUACUGUAACCCAGUGACAGGAGAUUGCAAGUGCUUACCGGAAUGGAACGGGACUGGCUGUGAAGAUGACGUCGAUGAAUGCGACGAGGAAGAUAUUUGCCCAGUCCAUUCAUCGUGUGAAAACACGUUUGGAAGUUUUGAAUGCAGAUGCAAUAAUGGCUAUGUUAGAACGGAAUCUAAGUUAUGCCAAGAAUGUGAUGGGAGAUAUUUUGGAGACAACUGCAGCGAGGAAUGCAUAUGUGAUUUUGAUCAUACAGACAAAUGUCAUCAUGUUUCAGGCAAUUGCUCAUGCAGUCCAGGAUGGACAGGCGAUAUCUGCUCUAAUGACGUAGAUGAAUGUCAUGAAAAUAACACUAUUUGCGAUAUGAAAAGUAACUCUACAUGUAAUAAUACGAUUGGUUCGUUUGAAUGUUCAUGUACUGAUGGAUUCCGUGAAUCACAAAAUGAAACAUGCUCAGAUGUUGAUGAAUGUAGAGAAGGAGGCCACGAUUGUUUACAGAAGUGCGUGAACACUAUCGGAGGAUAUGUAUGUGAAUGUUUUACUGGGUAUCAAGGGAGUGGCAAUAAUUGCACAGUUUGUAGUGAUGGCACGUAUGGAACGAACUGUAGUGAAAUAUGUCCUUGUGUCGUCGAGAACACCGUCUCAUGUCACCAUGUGAAUGGCAGUUGUGCCUGCAUAAUCGGUUGGGAAGAUGAAAAUUGUUCAAGUGACAAAGAUGAAUGUAAAAAUGAUGAAUCCUGUAAGGAUAAACCAGAAUCAACUUGCAACAACACACUUGGCUCUUUUACAUGCGUUUGUAACGGUGGAUACAAAGAACAAAAUAACACAUGCAAUGACAUAGACGAAUGCGCGGAGAAUGAUGACGCUUGCUCUCAAUACUGCACAAAUACUAACGGAAGCUUUGCUUGUGACUGUGCUGAUGGUUUCUACUUGGAAGACGAUAAUGUUACAUGUCAAGAAUGCGAAAAGUGGACAUUUGGUGACAAUUGCAAGUCUAGUUGCAUCUGCAAUGAAACAAACACAGAGACGUGUGAUUCAGUGACAGGACAGUGCAACUGUUUAAACGGCUGGAAUGGAACCAGCUGUGGAGAUGAUAUCAAUGAAUGCGAAAAUGAAACAGUUUGUCCACAAAAUUCAAUGUGUUAUAACAUCGACGGAAGCUUUGAAUGUAUAUGCAAUAAUGGCUUUCGAAAGAUGGAUACAUUAAACUGUGAAGUUUGUCCGGAUGGAACCUUCGGGUACAAUUGCAGUAGAGAAUGUGAGUGCAAUGAACAAAAUACGGAAUCAUGCAAUCACGUAGGAGGGAAUUGUACAUGCAAAAAGGGUUGGACGGGCAUCGUUUGUUCUGAAGAUAUAGACGAAUGCAAAGAGAACUCAACUUUGUGUCAGAGCAAAGCGAAUUCAACAUGCGAGAACACGAAUGGGUCGUACAGCUGCAGCUGCAACGUAGGAUUUCAUGAAAAAGGCAAUAUGUGUACGGAUUGUGACGUAUGGAAACAUGGACAGAAUUGUCAGUUUAACUGUACAUGCAACAUAUCAAACACUGAAUACUGUGACCCAGUAACAGGAGUUUGCAACUGUUUUCCGGAAUGGAACGGCAUUAACUGUGAAAAUGACGUCAAUGAAUGUGAAAAGGAAAACAUUUGUCCUGCCCAUUCGACAUGUGAGAAUUCAUUUGGAAGUUUUGAAUGCAGAUGCGAUAAAGGUUACUUAAAGACGGAAUCUAAGAUGUGCGAAGUUUGUCAGAAUGGAACUUUCGGGUACAAUUGCAGUAGAGAAUGUGAGUGCAAUCAACAAAAUACGGAAUCGUGCAAUCACGUAGAAGGGAACUGUAAAUGCAAAACGGGUUGGACGGACUUCGAUUGCUCUAAAGAUAUAGACGAAUGCGAAGAAAACUCGACUUUAUGUCAGAGCAAGGCUAAUUCAACAUGUGAGAACACGAAUGGAUCGUACAGCUGCCACUGCAACGAAGGAUUGCGUGAACAAGGCAAUAUGUGUACGGAUUGUGAUAUAUGGAAAUAUGGACAGGAUUGUCAGUUUAACUGUACAUGCAACAUAUCAAACUCUGAAAACUGUGACCCAGUGACUGGUGUUUGCAACUGUUUUCCGGAAUGGAACGGCACUAACUGUGAACUUGACAUCAAUGAAUGUGAUGAGGAAGACAUUUGUCCUGCCCAUUCGACAUGUGAGAAUUCAUUUGGAAGUUUUGAAUGCAGAUGCGAUAAAGGUUACAUAACAACGGAAUCUAAGAUGUGCGAAGAUAUUGACGAAUGUACCGAAUCACCAUGUACCCAAAAUUGUACAAACACAGUCGGAGGUUUUGUUUGUUCCUGCCUCGAUGGCUAUCAGUUGCGACAAGAUAACGUUACCUGUAAUGAAUGCACUGACGAUACAUAUGGCGUGGAUUGUACGGAACGUUGUAACUGCACUGCCAAACACUCAGCAGAUGAGAUCCAAACGUGUGACACUGUGACAGGAAAAUGUAAAUGUAAACCAAACUGGAAAGGUGACACGUGUGAUGAAGACGUUAACGAAUGUGAUGACGAUGACACACUGUGUAAUGACGACGAGAACGAAACAUGUAUUAACACAGCAGGAUGGUAUGAAUGUGAUUGUAAAAAGGGAUUUGUUAAACCAGAUGGCGACAAGUGCUUAGGAGAUACGUCUACAACGACAGUAAAGCCUGACUCAGCAAUUCUAAUCGAGGCAGUUGUUGUAAUCGAGUUGGAUCUUCCUGCAGAAACUAAUCUCAAUGCCGCAAAAGUAUACAACAACAUUGUAGUAAAUGUUGUAGUAACAUUGCGUGCAUUUUUCAGAAGAUUUACGGACGUAUGGUUAGAUAUUAUCAUACACGAUAUCAGAUUCGGUAGUAUUAUUGCCAAUUAUUCAAUCCGUUACGGCACAGAUGAUAAGGACGUUGCAUCACAUUUAGUAACGGCCAUCUCAGAACUUGAAAAGGGUACUGAACUUGUGUAUGAUGGACAGACAGUGAACGCUUCUUCAGAUUCCUAUAAGGGUAUGGAACCUUGUGAUGUUUUGUACGCGACUGUCGGGAGCUGUGGAGAAGGGUAUACAUGCAAAGUGGAAAUUGAUGUUCCAGUUUGCAAACUUUUAAAGGAACAGUCGCAAGUUAACGUGGCAUUAGUCAUUGGCUUAUCAGCUGCUGGAAUAUUUAUCCUGAUUGGAGCUGCGAUAUUAUUCGUGUUUGUACGUAGAAUCCGACGAGGACUUACAAAGAAACCAGAAACACACUUUCCAGCGCCAAUCAAUAAAAGAGACGAUGACGAAGCAUCUGGUUUUUACAAAAGCUUCAAAUGGCAAAAUGGCAAGGCUGUGGAUGCGGGAACAAGACUUCCAACGACGAGAGUUAUGUUGCCAAGAUUCACUGCAGAUAUAGAUGCUUUUAACCAGCCAUUUGUUAUGCGUGCGAAGCCGGCAAACUCACCAGACGAUGCACGUGGAAAUUGGUUUUAAAGUUGCAUCUGUAAUACAGGAAAACUCAGGAUUUGUGGUUGUUGUGGUUUAAUGCCCGUAAGGCAGCCAUCUUUCCUGCCAAGAUCCUGACAUUAAAGAAUGAAGUGUUUAUGUACUUUUUAUAGAAACGUGCAAAAGAAUGCAUAACUCCUUACAUUUGAUUAUUUGUUAUAUAAAUUUCAUAUAAGAUCUGCAGAGACGGAGGAUUUGUUAAUAUUUGCUCAUGUAUAUAUUUCUUAACGAGCAUUUUUUCGUGAUUGUAAGAAAUUAAAACCUUCCUCUUAAUUGUAGGAAACACACAUUAAUACACACGACAAAUAUAUAUAAAAAAAAAAAAUAAGAAAGAGUGGGUCCAUAAUAUCAUGUAGGCAUAAGUAUCAUAUGACUGCUAUAUUUAAAAGCAACAGAGCCAUGCCCCCUCCUCCCCACCUAAUUGAUAAAAAAGCAGAAUCCUGCUAUUCUCUGUUGUUGCACAUCUGCUCAUGAAACAGUGCCUUGGAAAGCAGCCAUAGUCUCCUCCUGCACUAAAUAUUAAGACACUAAAAUGGACAUAUGCCCUAUGAACCUUUUCAAAAUAAACUACAGUUGAAAGUUUUUUUUAAAACAAUCCUGCACAUCUGUACAAUUUUACGGAUAUGUCCUGGUCUAAAUGGUUACUUAUAAAAAAUGUUCCUAAUAUGCUUUGCCAAACCCAUAAAUUUAACAACAUUCUAUGUAAGUACAAUUCAGUAAUCACCAAGAAACAGAAUCAUUAUUUCAUCUAUAAUUAUCAUUUUGUGUUUUGCUUGUUUUGUUAUAGCUAUAUAAGUCAUUUAAAAGCGUGUUUGCAAUUGUUUCGUUUCGUGUAUCAUCAAUUUCUUCGUUUGAGAUAUAAAGAUUAUACAUGGGAGCUCUCUCGAAUAUAUAUUGUCACUUAUACUUUCUUUAUUUAGAAUUCAGUUUAAUGAGGAAAACGGCUGAUGUAUGUCCUCUUACGUUAAUUGACCUUAAAAGUAAUGACGACCUUAUAUUUUCUUUCGAUUUUCCGUAUGAGGUUUGUGCAUUUUCCCAAAUGAACGGAAUGGCAUGUGCUCAUAUUAGAAAGACCGUUCCCGAGUACACUAUCACACGGCAAUAUCCGAUUGCAAUAAUGAAGCCACUACCUGAAACUGACAUAGACUGUCGUCCAAUUUACAUUAGUUUAGGCAUAGUGUAAACCUUGAUUGUCAAUUAUGACUUUCGAUAAAAUAUUUCAAAAUUAUAAAAUAGAUGACUGUUACGUAUUUUAACAUCUCGAGGGUGGAUUUCAACUCUACAGCUGGUCUUACGAACGAUGAACUCAUUAUUGAAAGGAAAACAGCACAAAUAAAUGUUUAUACUAAGAACGUCAUCCUACAAACUAGAAAUACAAAGUUGUGAGUCAGAGUGGGAGGACGUGUAUACAUCAUAAAUGUUAAGUUGAAAUUGCUAUGGCGGUAUGAUGACAUAUGAUUAUUGAAUAUAUUUAGGGACCAGUUCAUAAGAAAUUUACUAUUGAUUCCAUCAUUUGAAAAAAAGAGAGAUUUACUUUUGAAUUCGAUUUUGUAACAUAAUUAUAUGUAAGAAAACGUCCAUUGAAUUUUUCAAUUCUGUAAAGAUCUCUGACGAACAUUUCAAAGAUAACUAACGUCUCGCCCGCUGUCGCAUAUAUCGUAAUGUUUACCUAAUCAGUUAUAAAUACAGCAAUGUACAGAACCCUUUUUUUCUUGUUUAUUGCUCAGUUUGUUUUUAUAUGAUUAAAUUUUACGAAAGAAAGCAAAAUGGCCAUAAAUUCAUUGGUAGAAUUUGCGUAAUAAAGUUUCAUAUUUCCUUCUUU